CAAUUUAUUUUGAUCUCUGGAAAACGUACACAAGUUUGUACUCAUCAUUUCCAUAACUCGAAUAAUAAAAAAUUUGUAUUCUUAGCAAUCUCUCAGAUGAUAAAGUGUAUUUCUCGCAUUUAUUUCGCAUAACUUUUCAUUGAAUGCCCAUCUCUGCCUUUUCAAAAUUCCUACUAACUAGAUUACACAGUGGUAGGUAAUUUACUAUGCAUGGUAUUGGACUGAUCGGACUGUUGAACCCAUCACAAUGACACGGCGUAACUCGAAAGUGGGUGUCCAAUAAUUAAUUUUAAUAGAUACAUUUUAUGAGUUAUCGCUUCAUUAACUUAACGAGUGAAUGCAAAAGCUCUAGAUGACGAGGAAAAAUAGUAAAGCCAAAGUGUGUGCAAUCAUUAAAGGAGCUCUCUUAAGUAUGUUAUUCUGGUUGAGAUAUUACUUUGAUAUGUUCAUCGACAAGAUAUUUGGAUUCUUCCACGAUUCCAAAAAACAGCAAGUAUGUUCAGCAGACAAUCCUAUUAUACUGGAUAGUGCUACUACAAUAGCUAGAAAAAUAAGGAAGCGGGAAGUCAAAGUAGAGGAAGUUGUUAAAGCCUUCAUAAAUAGAAUAAAAGAGGUGAAUCCCAUUUUGAACGCAGUAGUAGAUAACCGAUUCAAAGAAGCAAUAGAGGAAGCCAAAAAAAUCGAUAAACAGAUAGAGAUAGGUGAAAUUACAGACCUCGAUUUCCGAGAAAAACCUUUCUUAGGUGUACCAUUCACUUCCAAAGAAAGUACAGCUGCGGAAGGUUUGUCUUUCACCUUUGGAAUCUUUGCACGAAAGGGUAGAAAGGCCAAGGAAGAUGCUGAAAUUGUUAGGUUAAUGAAGAAUGCUGGCGGAAUACUUCUAGGUGUCACAAAUAUUCCUCAGUUGAACAUGUGGCAAGAGACUAUGAAUCCGAUAUAUGGCCUCACAAGAAAUCCGUAUAACACCACAAGAAAUGUUGGAGGUUCCUCAGGUGGUGAGGGAAGCAUUAUAGCUGCUGGAGGAUCCCCUAUAGGACUCGGGACUGAUAUAGGUGGAUCUCUGAGAAUACCAGCUUUCAUGUGUGGAAUUUACGGCCAUAAACCUACAUGCAAUUUGAUUAAUACCAGAGGCCUCACCUUCAGAACAGGCAAGGAAAAAGACACAAUGGUUGUUCCGGGUCCCAUGACCAGAUAUGCAGAAGAUAUAAUUCCACUUCUGAAAGUACUUCUGGAUGAGAAUGCCUCGAAAUUGAAAUUGGACCAACGGGUUGAUAUUGAAAGCAUAAAUAUAUAUUAUAUAGAUGAUCCUCUCGAUCCUACCAUCAGUGCAAUGAGAGAAGAAAUGAAAGAAUGUUUGAAAAAGGUUGUUGACCACUUCGAGACUAUCCUACCUCAGAAACCACAAAAAGUGGGUUUCAAUGGAACAAGGUAUGGAGGAAAACUGUGGAGAUACUCGAUGACUCAAGAACCUAUGUCCAACUUUGUAAGAGACCUGACCGAUAGGCAGACUGAGCUGAAUCCUGUGAUUGAAAUCCUCAAGUACAUAUGUCUGAAUAGAAACCUGGCUCUAUCAUCGGUGUACAACAUGAUCAAUAGACUAUUACCAGCAGAGAAAGCGGAUUGGGCCGAAGCAGAGAUUAAAACUUUAAGAAAGCAAAUAUUGGAUAAACUGGGAGACAAUGGAGUUCUACUUUACCCCUCUGCACCCUGGCCAGCAAGUUAUCACUACACAGCUUUUCUACGUCCCUGGAAUUUCAACCUAUUCGCCAUUUGGAAUGCAAUGAAACUGCCAGUUACCCAAGUUCCUCUGGGCUUAAGUUCCGAAGGACUGCCCCUUGGUAUUCAAAUUGUUUCCGCGCCUUAUAAUGACAGAUUAACUAUUGCUGUCGCCAAGCAUCUGGAAAAGCACUUGGGAGGAUAUGUUCCACCCUUCAAACUAGAAGCAUGAGAUUUAUCGUGAAUCAAUCUUGCACACCUAAUGUUAUAUAUUUGAUAAUAGUUUAAUGGCAUUUUGCACUUUUAUAAAACGUUAAAUUCCACAUUUAUUGAUCUCGAAUUGUGGAUUUCAGGAGUGCCUUAGGUAUAUAUUUUGGAUUGGGUACUUAAAAUAUUGUGAUAAUCUUAUUUUUUAAUUUUGUUGUUAUAGAAUAAAGGAAAAAAUUCGA